AUGGAAGACUACGAAACCGUGGCCGCCGUCGGUGAGGGGACGUAUGGCAUUGUCUACAAAUGCCGAUGUAAAAAGAGCGGUCGAGUUGUAGCAAUCAAAUGUUUUAAGAGAAAGAGGGAUUGUGUGUUUUCUCGCCGCGUUAUACUACGGGAGCUUCGGGCACUGAAACUGCUGGUAGGACAGCCGGGUGUUGUGCAACUUCUGCGAGAUUUUCAUACCGGUGGGCAGCUAUGCCUUGUUAUGGAGUAUUAUGAGCACAACUUGUUGGAUAUCAUCCGGCGCAAUCCGCAUGGGGUCCCACGCCCACAACUUAAGCAGAUUCUCUUCACACUCCUUGUUGGUGUGCGUUCGUGCCAUCACCACGGAGUUGUACACAGGGACUUGAAGCCGGAGAACAUACUUGUGUACCAAGGAAGGGUAUCAUUUGUGUGUGAUUUGGGGUCCUCAAGAAUUCUGCGUCAGCCAGGAACCUUAGUUAAAACAACAAGUGGGGGGCUUCUCCGUACUCCUACGGAUCAACCAGGGCCACUAACGGGGAACGUCGCUACACGCUGGUAUUGCAGCCCAGAGAUGCUUAUUGGAUUGCCACAUUAUAACUUCACCUCAGACAUGUGGGCCGUGGGUGCUGUCAUGGCCGAAUUAGCUCGCGGGAUGCCCCUUCUUCCGGGUAAAUCGCGUUUCGAUCAGCUCAGCCUCAUAAAUCAGCGUGUAGGGGACUUAGCAGAACUGGGGGAGUAUUCAAAGUUUUCUCCCUUUAUUGCAACCGCAGUUAAGGGCCGCGAAAGCAAUAGCAUCGCAGGUGACUUUCUGACGCGGGUGUACCGGAGCGUGUUGGGUGUUGACGGUAUGAAUCUCCUGCGGGAACUGUUGUCAGUUGACUACAGGAAGCGCUUGACUGUAGACAAGGCCCUCGCUCACCCUUUCUUCAAGAUGUAUGUGGUACCCGGUGUAUCGUUGCCACUCAGCUUUUAUGGUACGUCAACACUCCGCCGGUCAAAGACUGUGGAGGAACUAAGUGGGCUAGCCGUCGACAAGGGACCAGGUGCAGGUGAUUGUGACAAAUGGUUUGGACUUGGUCUGGGGAAACCCGUGCCGGUAGCCGAGAUUGAACCGCUUAACAUGCUGAGUCCUGUGAAACCAAGGACUGUAGAGGUUCUCGAUCACCAUAGCCCCGUAAGAAAGCACUGCGUGAAUCCUACCAAGCGCAGUAGUUGCGCAGCUAAUGACCCCACUGACGAGUGUGAGCCACACUCACGGCAGGGUAGCGUCUCCAACAACAAGCGGCGCACAUUUAGUAAGAGGCCUCUCUUGUCCCAACAGCGGUCGCUGCCUAAUAUAUCGUCAAGUUCAGUGGGGAAGGCCAUUGUCGCAAGGUUCCCGGAGCCACAACGCUCCAGUAUUGCGGAACCUCACUUAAAACUUCCUCGAGUCAAUGAAGGACAUUACAAUGGCUCGAAGCGGUGA